AUGGAGAUGGCAUCCAAAAGUCCUUUCAGGCCUUUUAGUGAGCGCCUGAAGACUAACAAAUCUAGGAGCUUCAGCUCUAAUGGGAGUAUGAUCGUGGUAAGCAACAGGUUGCCGUUUGUGCUCAAGAGAAAUGAAGAAACUGGAAAAUUAGAGCGUAAAAGCAGUGCUGGAGGUCUUGUUACUGCAGUAGCGCCUGUAGUGAUAAAUGGCAACGGAAUCUGGGUAGGAUGGCCAGGUAUGCACAUGGAAGAUGUAAACGAGCAAAUUCCAGAAUCUGAUCCUAAUGACAAAACUCCAACCGCUGGUUUACUCUCGAGUAAGGUAGUCGCAGUCCACGUAGAACCCGAUAAAUUCGAUGCAUACUACAACGGGUCAUGCAAUGGAACCUUCUGGCCACUGUUCCACUCGAUGCCAGACCGUGCGACUUUCAACGCGGAGCAUUGGCGCGCAUACGUCGCCGUGAAUGAGGAAUUCGCUGCAAAAACAGUGAAAGCACUGGAGCAGAUCCACGAGGAGCAGAAGAGCAAGCCAAAUGGAACUCCCUUGGUCUGGGUCCACGACUACCACCUGAUGCUGGCGGCAAACUGGAUCAGACAGGCAGCAGACGAGAAGAACUUGAAACUAAAACUUGGUUUCUUCCUGCACAUCCCUUUCCCGCCGUGGGACAUCUUCAGAUUGUUCCCUUGGGCCGACGAAAUCCUUCAGGGGAUGCUGGGCUGCGACAUGGUGGGCUUCCACAUCCAGGACUACUGUCUGAACUUCGUCGACUGCUGUCAGAGGUGUCUGGGUGGUCGAGUCGACAGGAAGAACCUCCUGGUGGACCACGGAGGCCGGACAGUCAGAGUGAGACCACUGCCGAUUGGAAUUCCCUUCGACCGGUUCGUUUCUUUGGCAGAAGCCGCGCCAAAGGUGAUCAUGACCAACUUGAAGAUUGUUCUUGGCGUGGACCGGCUUGACUACACCAAGGGGUUGGUCCAUCGGCUGAAGGCCUUCGAGAUGCUGCUAGAAAAACACCCAGAGCACCGCGAGCAGGUGACCAUGCUGCAGAUCGCUGUGCCUUCGAGGACUGACGUUAGAGAGUAUCAGGAACUCAAGUUGGAGAUGGAGCAGUUGAUCGGGUCCAUCAAUGGAAGGUUCACUACGCCCAACUGGUCACCAAUUCGCUAUAUUUAUGGGUGUGUUAGUCAGGAUGAGCUCGCUGGGUUCUACAGAGACUCUGCUGUUGCUCUGGUUACUCCUCUUAGAGACGGAAUGAAUUUAGUGGCCAAAGAAUUCGUUGCUUGUCAGAUUAACACUCCACCGGGUGUUUUGAUCGUUUCGCCUUUUGCUGGGGCUGGGGAAAUGAUGCAUGAAGCUCUGAUUUGUAAUCCUUAUGAAAUUGAUGAAGCUGCUGAGGUUAUUCACAGAGCUCUGACAAUGCCAGAAGAUGAACGUACACUACGUAUGAAUUAUUUACGUCGCCGUGAAAGAAUAUACGACGUCAAUUACUGGAUGAAAUCAUUCUUACAAGUAAUGGGAUCAUUGGAGGAACAUGACUCUGUAGGCGCGACCGUAAUGCAGCCUGUUACGAUGGAUGACUUUGAUGAUUAUUUAAGCAAGUCCCCUAGGUACAUUGGUGAUGAUCAUAAAUUGGCGCUACUGCUUGACUACGACGGAACUCUUGCCCCAAUAGCGACCCACCCUGACUUGGCUAUUCUACCUCUGGAGACCAAGAACGUUCUCCAGCGACUGAGCAACAUGCCUGACGUCUACAUCGCUAUUAUUUCUGGAAGAAACGUUAAUAAUGUUAAAUCGAUGGUGGGCAUUGAAGGAAUAACGUAUGCCGGUAAUCAUGGUCUUGAGAUUCUUCAUCCUGAUGGCAGUAAAUUCGUUCAUCCUAUGCCCGUUGAGUUUGAGGGUAAGGUUGGAAAUUUAAUGCAACUUCUUCAGGACCAGCAAGCAAAAAAAUUAAUAGAAGAAGCUGGUUUUAAAGCUUGUAGCGCUCAUUGCGCUAUAGAGGCUAAACCACCAGUUGAAUGGAAUAAAGGACGUGCUUCAAUAUACAUUCUACGCACUGCUUUCGGUCUCGAUUGGAGUGAAAGAAUAAGAAUAAUUUACGCUGGUGACGACGCCACCGAUGAAGACGCUAUGAAGGCAUUGAAAGGAAUGGCCGCUACCUUCCGCAUCACGUCUUCCCACAUUGUCCGCACAUCAGCAGAGAGAAGAUUACCCAGUACCGACUCUGUUCUGACGAUGCUUAAGUGGGUGGAACGACACCUCGGGAGACGUAAGCCCCGCAACAAUAGUCUCGACAUAUCAAACCGCUUCAGACGCAGCAGCGGCGGUGUCACCAUGGAGAUGUCCUUCACAGAGCCUCAGCAUUCACUUGCUCAUUAA